UCCCAAAGAGGCGGGGCUUCGGAUGCAUCGAGAAAAUGUCAACAACAUGCCGGAGACUUCCACGGAAACAGAAACUGAGGAGGGGACGAAGGACAGACAACAAAGAGAUGAAGCCGCCCGCUCGUCUCGCAACGUCGUGUCCUUAGUAUCUCAGUUCGCAGAUGAUAAUUUAACCCUUGUGCGGAACAUUAGCACUGGACUGGCCAUCGCUGGCGUGAUUGUAAUAGCAAGGAGUAUCAAACUGAUGACCAAAUUUACAGCUGCAUGCGAGAUCCCCGCCCGUUUUAUUGAGAGGAACGUGAGCCUUCGUGGGAAAGUUCAUUCCAUCACAGAGAGAGGACUCGAAGUGGAGCAUGUCCCAAUUUAUCUGCCAGUUCUCUCUCCAUUACUUUCAAAGCACAAGGAUGCUUCCCCGUCUCUGUUGCUGGUGCAUCUCGCAGGAGUGGAGCUGACACCAGAGGGACGAGUGUGGCUGCAGCAGAAACUGCCUCCUGCACAAACAGUGUGGCUGAAACUUCUCAGCCGAGAGGACGACGUACUGCACUGUCUGGUGUCUCAAAGCAGGGGGUCCUUAUGGAGCUACUGUUUGAACGACGAGGUCCUCAGACUCGGCCUGGCUCGCACCGCACCCGUCACUGGAGUCCUGCCCGGCUCUCGCCUCUACUGGCGUCUCCACAAACGGCUGCACAAGGCAGAGGUGAAAGCCGAGAGGAAGGGCCGGGGUCUGUGGAAGGAGGACAGCCUGUGGGAGAGGACUUCCAAGGCCAUUAGGGACAGUGCUCUAUUCAGAUUGAUGAGGGGGAUCUUUAAAAGGACUCGAAGUGACUGACGACCAAAUCCCCCCCCACCAAAAAAGUUCUUUCAGUUGCAAAACCUGAAAUAAUCAAAAAGUGGCACUAUUCUUUGUCAUUUAAAGACGCACAUCUCUACUGUUAAUGAACUCUUGGGACAACAGGAUGACAAAGGAGUUUAGAAAUCUUGCAAAAGCCUGAAAAAUAAUCCAGUGUGUCAGAUUUUCUUCUUAGGGUAUGAAAACGCUUUAAUUUUCACAGAGCAAGAAGUCAUUUUUCACACUAAAUCCCUGUUACACCUGUUGCGAAGGCUGACUCUUACUGUGCUGCCCAGAAGUUAGAAAUCAUUUUACAAAAAAGGUGGUUUAAAGCUUUGUCUCAAAUCCUGAUACUAAUCCCUGAGCUUUCAUUACCCAUUAAACCACAGCUGAACACAG